UUCUCCAGCAGAUCUUCCCAACCCAGGAAUCGAACCGACGUCUCCUGCACUGCAGGCGGAUUUUUGACCAGCUGAGCUACCAGAGAAGCCUGUGGCUCCUUACACUCGCCCUUUAUAGAACUGUCAACAUACUGCAGUUGGAUCAGCAGCUCUGCUAUGAGUUACUUCAUGUUUGCUCCCCCCCAACCACCACACUGUCACAGAAGCUCCAAGAUUUGUCUCCCAUGUUCACCACUGUCCCCUGGCACCCAGCACAGUGUCUGCCCUCGGAUCCAUUCCCUACAUAUAUAGAGCAUGUGUGAAUGCAGUUUCCUGGCUAUGGGGCUUUUGACAAUAAUAAAAGUCACAGGAGAGGACUGAGCAGGGUCAUGGUGUUCCAGAUUCCACCCACCACAGCGCAUUCCUAGGGAGACACACUUUGAUGAGAAAUCACCAAGGACCACAUCCAGAGGAGAAUUUUCCAAGGGCCCUGGAAACUCAGAUUUCUACCCAGUGGAAAGUUAAAGAACCUCUCUCUCCUGUGCACCCCAGAAAUCACAAGCCUCUACCAGAGACCCCAGGAGACUGCUGCUGGCUGUUCUCUGGAAAACCAGGAUCCGCUUGAAAGAAAGCGUCCAGGAAUCAAGCAGGGCCUUAGCUUGUUUUGCAUGGAUCAAAAUCAUAGAAUAUCACCACCAAGAAGGAAUUUAACCUGAUACUUAACCAAAAGAAGCAUGGCGUGUGCAGCUCACGCUCUCCAGUGGACCCUAGAGGGCAAGGCAGCCAUGCCGGACCCCCAUCACGUGGAUGGGGGCAGCUGUCCGUCAUGGAGAAGGCUUCGGCCAUAGCUCCACAUGAAACCUCCCCAAUAAAACCAAAGCCACCACCAGACUCAUGCCCCAGUGCCUCAGUCUCCAUGCAAAAGCCAGAGAGUGGAGAUGUGUUCAGUCCUGGGAGGAAGCCCGCUCUGUUGGAGGCGAUUUGAGGACUGCGGUUUGAACCAGGAACCUCGCUUCGAGACGUCGAGACUAGACAUCCCUCAUCUUCCUUCCUACUCAUGCCCCCCAUCUUCUUGGAGAUCAUUUUAUUUAUUCAAGAAAAAACAGCGCUAGCUCGGUCCCUGGAGCCUCCCCACAUUUGGAUACUUCUCUCGGCUCUGGUGGGCAGCCUGGAGCCCAGUGGUGGACAUAACUGAUCUGCUGGGGAGCUGGAAGAGGAGCAACUGCAGGCCCGGGGUGGGGGCAGGGGGGCCACAGGGGAAGGAGCUGUAGGGACCCAGGAUGGCGUCCAACAGUACGGCCUCUUCCUCUUGUCUGGACCCCACCGCAUUCAAGGUCACCGUCACCGUAGUCCUCAUCCUCCUCAUCCUCAUCACCAUCGCCGGCAAUGUGGUCGUCUGCCUGGCGGUGGGCUUGAACCGCCGGCUCCGCAGCCUGACCAACUGCUUCAUUGUGUCCCUGGCCAUUACUGACCUGCUCCUCGGCCUCCUGGUGCUGCCCUUCUCUGCCUUCUACCAGCUGUCCUGCCAGUGGAGCUUCGGCAAGGUCUUCUGCAACAUCUAUACCAGCCUGGAUGUCAUGCUCUGCACGGCCUCCAUCCUCAACCUCUUCAUGAUCAGCCUUGACAGGUACUGCGCCGUCACGGACCCCCUGCGCUACCCCGUGCUGGUCACCCCGGUCCGGGUCGCCAUCUCCCUGGUCUUAAUCUGGGUCAUCUCCAUCACCCUGUCCUUCCUGUCCAUCCACCUGGAAUGGAACAGCAGGCCUGAGAACCACACUGACGGUCACACCGUCCCCAAGUGCAAAGUCCAGGUCAACUUGGUGUACGGUCUGGUAGACGGGCUGGUCACCUUCUACCUGCCGCUGCUCGUCAUGUGCAUUACAUACUACCGCAUCUUCAGGAUCGCCCGGGAACAGGCCAGGAGGAUUCACAACGUCGGCCCGUGGAGGGCAGCCACGCUCAGGGAGCACAAAGCCACAGUGACGCUGGCUGCCGUCAUGGGGGCCUUCAUCGUCUGCUGGCUCCCCUACUUCACUGUGUUCGUUUACCGGGGGCUGCGAGGGGACAGCGCUGUCGACAAGACCGUGGAAGACGUGGUCCUGUGGCUGGGCUAUGCCAACUCGGCCCUGAACCCCAUGCUGUAUGCCGCGCUCAACAGAGACUUCCGCACGGCCUACCAGCAGCUCUUCCGCUGCAGCCCCGCCAGCCAGGACGCCCGCAGGACUUCUCUGGGGUCCAACAGCUCUCAGCUGGUGAGGCAUCCGGGCCGGGGACCCAGGUGGCCGGAAGAGAGGCCCCUGAGGCUCCAGGUGUGGAGUGGGACUGAGGUCACGGCCCCCCAGGGAGCCGCAGACAGGAAUCCAGCACGGUCCCGCACUGUGUGCUCCAGCAACCUUCUCAGCUGCUGCAAGAGCCUUUGGGCGCUUAGGUUCCUCCAGAGACACGAGGGAGGCCCCUGGGAGGAGCAGCCAGGGGCACCACUGUCGGAGGAACCGCCAACAGCACCCGCCCAGGAAUCGGGGAGGACGCUGCCCUCCUAGACGGUGUAGACCCGGCCCCAGGAUGCUGACGAUAACUGCUCCCCAGCACCAGGAUUUGACUCCCGGAGCCACUAAAGACCCCAAAGCCCCACAAACCACAGAGGACAUACCCCAGCUCCAGUCUGGGGACUCCCAGAGCACCCGGCAGGUGGGUGCUGGGGUCCUCUGGGCUGGAAUGGAGCUGGCCCGCCCUGCACUAGGACUUCCCUGGGUCCAGGUCUGCCGAAUGCCACGGGUUCAAAGCUCACGUUGGUGCUGGCCCUGAGUCACCAGCAGAGACGGCGGGACUUCUGAGGACCUGUGUGUGUGUGCAGAAACACGGGUACCGUGUGGGCACCACAGAGGGUGUUGCCAUCCCAGCGCUCUGCAGGAUGCAGGGAGGGAAGGGAAGGGAAGGACGUCGGUCUUCAGUGAACACCUUCUGUGUGCCUGGUACUUCCCCGGAGUCGGCUCACUUCGUCCUUAGUACGCGCGGCAGGGAUCUGGGGUAGAGACAGGCUCAGAGAAGUGUGGGGCCGCUCAGCUAGAAGGUGCGUCUCGCACGGGACACUUGAGAAUCGCUGUGGAAGGAGGGAACAAACAGACGAACAGGAGGAUGGAUAGAAAUCCAGGCCUCCAGCCCAUGCUCUUCAACGGGACCCUACCCUGCCUCUGCAGAGAGGCCUCGGUACUUCCUUGACUCAGCCGACCCUCCAGCAAGCCAGGCUCAGAUCUGGAGCCUGGGGGGGCGCCCUUCAUGCUGCAGUUCUGACUCUCUCUGGUGCUUUCCAUCAAGAAGGAGUGGCGUGGAGCAGAUUUGCUGGGGAAAACGUGAGGGGCAACAAGGAGGGUCAGGUUGGGGGAGGGGGACCCAACAGGCUCGAGUCAGGAAGUUGGCCCCGGUGCGCCCUCUGCUGGAGGCGGGGUGACCUGCGGCGGCCUCCUCCUUGGACCAGCCCCUUACUCACUCUGCCCCGGGGGGCACCGCUCCCCUUUCCUCCUUUCAGGGUUGUUGAAGAGACCCAAGGAGGUGGAGGAGAUGAGGGUGUCCAUGGGCUCCCCGCUCCCCUUUCCUCCUUUCAGGGUUGUUGAAGAGACCCAAGGAGGUGGAGGAGAUGAGGGUGUCCAUGGGCUCCCCGCAUGACCACUGCCCCUCCCUGAGCCUCCUCUUCCCCUGGUUGCAAGACCCCCUCCUGGGGUCCCCCUCCCCACCCACUCAUGCCUUUUCAGUCCCCCUCCCCAGUCUUCACACGUGGCCAUUGCCCAAGGCUCAGUCUUGAGCCUUUGUCCCUCACUGCCAUUCCUCAUUCUCUGUGGCCUCAUCAGCACUGCCGAAGCUACCAGGAAGCUUAGCUCGAAAAUUCCUCCAGGUUCCUGCUGGAAGCUCUCGCUGUUUCUCAGCCUCACCUGGAGCAUGUCCGCUUCUGCACCUUGACCUUUGCCCUGCAUCUGCUCCUGCCCCAGGGUCCCCCUCCUCAGACAGAAACCCUACCAUUGAUUUCAAAGGUCCGUCUUGACCCCACCCUCCUCUUGGCUCCUCAGGCUCCACGCUCUUCGAUGGACUUAGCUCCCACGUGUUUCCACCUGGUUCUCUCACCUGUCCAGCCCUCACUUGGUCCCGCUGCCAUCCCCUCCCUCAGGAAAAUGGGAAAGCUUCCCGCAUUCCCCACUGGCCCACCCCUCCCCGACCACUCCCUGUCCUCCAGCCAGAGAGGGCUGUGCAAAACGCAAAGGCGCGGAGAAAGCCAGCCCGCAGGCCCCGCGCGGUGGGCCCUGACGUGCCCUUCAGCCUCCUCCUUCCCCCGACCCUGGCUUCUACCUCUUCACCCCAGCCCCACCGGCGUUCUCCUUUGGGUUUAUUUAUCUCGCUGCUCCUUCCAGCUAGGCCUCGCACAGAGCUGUUUCCAUCACUUGAAAAGCUGCUCUUGUCCUUUCAGCCACGGGAUCUCAGCUGAAACAUCACUUUUCAGGGAGUCUUCCGGAGUCUUCCUUGACUGUCCCUAUUGGGUCUGGCCUCCCACCCACACCCCUGGAGCUGUCCUCGGAAGCCACGGGCAUGUCUGUCAUGCCUGUGUGGUCCCCUGACCCUUGCCUGUCAGUGACUCCUGCCUGUUUCUGUUGACCAUUGUCUGUCUAGCUCCUCGGAGACUGUUUGGCCCACCUAGUGGGAGCUUUAAGCAAUUUUUCUGCCAAUACACCUGAAGGCAUGAUUUGCCCCAGCGUUCCCCAGAGAUGCUCAAUCUAUUGGCUGGAUUCCUCUGGAAAUCUCAGAAUCCCUCUUUUGGAAAUUUUCCCAGGAAUCUGAGACAGGUGGGUUUCUCUGUUAUGGCCCAGGUAGAUGGAGCAUAAGACGGGUCUGGCUGAUUACAGACUUAGCUGGUCAGGGCUGAUGUCAGGGUGCCUACGUGCCACCUGCCAGUGCAGACCUUUCUCUGAGCUGCCCCACCCUCCUGGAGACCCCCUGCGUCCCCUGCUGGCUGCAGAAGUGGGGCGUGUGCUGCCCAGAGGAGAAGCAUCUGCACUGCGCCCCCAAAUCCACAUUUUGUGUUAUCAUGAUGUUCCAAUAAAGCUAUCAAAACAGA